UCUCGCUGAAAUUACCGACCUAAACUGGUUUUCGCCGGCAACGUGUUCCCUGUUAUCCUCUUUAAACCUUAAAAGUUGAUUCUUGACCGCAUACACUUAUGAAUGGCGUGGAGAGUGCUUAGCAAAAAGGGCAUACGUGCCAGUCUAAAUACUGAUUUGACUACUAGGCUACGAAGAUAUGCUGUAGGAUCUAUAUCUAAAGUUGAUGAUGUAGUAAGAUCAGUUUCGUGCAUGGCAGAGCCCUCAUUUAAGUUUAAGUCACGAAAGCUUGGUUAUGGUGAUACAUUGAUACAAGACUCCCAAAAGCGAUUCUAUCAUUGGAAUAAAGAGAAUGACCAGUCGCUUGGUUUAAAACCUCCCAAGAGAGAAAAGUUUGUGAAGAGGGACAAUAAGACCCAGCCUCCUGUUGAUGCUCCAUAUGUGCCUCCCAAACCACAAAGAACUACCAAGGCCUUGCCAGAUAAGACAAUUGAGAUUUUUGAAGGUAUUACAAUUGAUGAACUCGCUAAGCGCACUGGAAAAUCGAUAUCUUCUUUGCAAACCAUUCUUACAAAUGUUGGGGAAAAGGUCGACUCGGAGUUUGAUACUCUCAGCAUUGACAUUGCAGAGCUGGUUGCAAUGGAAGUUGGGGUCAACGUGAGGAGGCUGCACUUCAAUGAAGGUACAGAAAUUCUACCACGACCUCCAGUUGUAACAGUAAUGGGACAUGUUGACCAUGGGAAAACUUCGCUUUUGGAUGCUCUACGUCAGACAUCUGUGGCUGCUAAAGAAGCUGGAGGCAUUACUCAGCAUGUUGGUGCUUUUGUUGUUGGCAUGACAUCUGGAGCAUCAAUUACAUUUCUUGACACCCCUGGUCAUGCAGCAUUCAGUGCGAUGCGAGCUAGAGGGGCUGCUGUCACAGAUAUAGUUGUGCUAGUUGUAGCUGCAGAUGAUGGGGUCAUGCCUCAGACUCUUGAAGCCAUGGCCCAUGCUCAGGCAGCUAAAGUACCAAUUGUUGUUGCAAUCAAUAAAUGUGAUAAACCAGCUGCUAACGCAGAAAAAGUAAGACUCCAGCUUGCAUCGGAGGGGUUGCUGCUAGAGGAUAUGGGUGGGGAUGUUCAGGUUGUUGAGGUUUCGGCUAUGAAGAAGAGUGGAUUAGAUAACUUGGAGGAGGCUUUGCUUCUCCAGGCUGAGAUGAUGGAUCUGAAAGCUCGUAUUGAUGGACCAGCUCAAGCUUAUGUGGUGGAGGCAAGACUUGAUAGGGGAAAGGGUCCAUUGGUUACUGCAAUAGUGAAAGCAGGAACUUUAAUUUGUGGGAAAUAUGUGGUAGUGGGCUCAGAGUGGGGUAGAAUCAGGGCCAUUAGGGACAUGGCUGGGAAAUUGACAGAGCGAGCAACACCUGCAAUGCCAGUUGAGAUUGAAGGCCUGAAGGGACUUCCGAGGGCUGGAGAUGAUAUCAUUGUUGUGGAAUCUGAGGAGCGAGCUAGAAUGCUUAGUGCAGGGAGGAAAAGGAAAUUCGAGAAAGAUAGGCUUAUGAAACUUGUUGACGGGAGGGUAGAAGAUUCAGAAAUAGAACCAUCAGAUGAGGCACCCAAGCGGGUUGAAUUGCCGAUAAUAGUAAAAGGGGAUGUGCAGGGUACUGUCCAAGCUGUUACUGAUGCAUUAGGAAGUUUAAAUAGUCCUCAGGUUUUUGUGAAUGUAGUACAUGUUGGUGUUGGCCCUCUAUCUCAGUCUGAUGUGGACUUGGCACAAGCCUGUGGUGCAUGUAUUAUUGGAUUUAACAUCAAGGCUCCACCCAGUUCAAUCAGUUUGGCUGCAGCUCGAGCCAAUAUUAAGAUAAUGCAACACCGUGUGAUCUAUCGUCUUCUGGAGGACAUUGGGAACUUUAUAGUUGAGAAGGCCCCUGGGACUACUGAGACCAAGGUUGCUGGGGAAGCCGAGGUUCUAAGUAUCUUUGAACUCAAAGGAAGGAGCAAGUCUAAGGGACCUGAUGUGAAGAUUGCCGGAUGCCGGGUGGUUGAUGGUUUUGUCACCAAAUCAGCAACCCUGAGGCUUCUUAGGAGCGGGGAAGUUGUAUUUGAGGGAUCAUGUGAAUCGCUCAAGCGGGAGAAACAAGAUGUGGACAUGGUAAAGAAGGGGAGUGAGUGUGGACUUGUGAUCCAAAAUUGCUAUGAUUUUCAGGUUGGUGACAUGGUUCAGUGCUUGCAGCAAGUUAUAAGGAAGCCCAAAUUCAUUUCAUCGGCGAGUGGUGCUGUCCGAAUAGAGUGUUGAACUGUUGAUCAAUCUCUCAAUAGUAAUUGCUGAACAAAAAUUUUGAUUGUUUGAGCGGCAUCUCACUACCAUUAGUCCAUAAAAGCUUUGGAUUUAUGCGGAGAGCGCUCGUUUA